GAAUGUUGAGCAACCGGCUAUCUGUAGUGCUAGCUAACUGGUUAGGUACUGUGGGAUUCUAUGCGAUGUUUUUCAGUAGUUUAAUACGUUUUAUUAAAUGCAAAGCAUAAAAUAUAGCCACCAGCAUAUUUUUGAUUCGCACGUUUUGAAUAGGUGACCAAGCAACUGUUUAUAGUCGGUCAUGACGUCACUGGGUGGGAGCAGUUCCUCUUCUACAGAGUAUACAGUCCGGGUCCCCAAGAACAACAGUAAGAAGUACAGCAUCAUGGCAUUUAACUCUGGGGACAAAGUCAACUGCUCCACCUGGACCCAGGCUCGUAUGGAGCGGGACAUGAGUAACAGGAGGAUGUAUGGUGGGGAGGAGACUGAGGAGGGGGCGGCGGGCAGUGAGUUUGGAAAGAAGCAGCGUGAGGAGGCGCGCAGGAAGAAGUUUGGCAUCGUCACCAGGGAGUUCAAGGUGGAGGACCAGCCCUGGAUCCUCAAGAUCAAUGGCAAGGCAGGGAAGAGAUUUAAGGGUCAGAAGAAAGGGGGCGUGACCGAGAACGCGUCCUACUACAUAUUCACCCAGUGUCCUGACGGUGCCUUUGAGGCUUUCCCUGUGAACGGCUGGUACAACUUUGUCCCCCAGGCCAAACACCGGACACUGACUGCCGAGGAGGCGGAGGAGGAGUGGGGCAGGAGGAACAAGGUGGUGAACCACUUCAGCAUCAUGCUCCAGAGGCGUCUCCGGGAGCAGGAGAGAGGGCCAGAUGACGAAGACGAGGAGGGCGAGAAGGGGGGUAAGAAAAAAAAGAAGAAAAAGGGAGCAAGAGGAGGUGACCUUCGUAUCCACGACCUGGAGGACGACCUGGAGCUGAGCAGCGACGAGAGCGACAGCAGCAGAGAAGAAGGAGACAACAAGCCGAAGAAGAAGGAAUCAGUUGCAAAGGGCAAGGGGAAGAAGAAGAAGAAGAAGAGGGGGAGUGACAGCGAAGCAAAUGAGGACAGUGACGAUGGAGACUAUGAGGGACUGGAGGUUGAUUAUAUGUCAGAUGAAAGCAGCUCCGAGGAAGAGGCCGGCGAAGAGAAAGCCAAGUCCAAUAAGGAGGACGGCCCUAAAGGAAUUGAUGAGGCCUCGGACACUGAGGACGAGAGUGAGGAGGAAAAACAGAAUGAAGAAGAGGGCAAAGAGGAGGAGGAGGAAGAGGAAGGGAAGAAGACCCCAGUCCAGAUGGAAAAAAAGAAAAAGAGAGACAGUAGCGGCGAGUCAGACACUUCAGAGGACAGCGACAUCGAUGGAGAGGCAGCCUCAGCUCUCUUUAUGGUGAAAAAGCGUACUCCUCCUAAGCGCGGUGGUGGGCGUGGCUCUGGUGGUAGCUCCAGGACUGGCAGUCGCCCUGGGACACCAUCCAUAGACUCCGCCUCCACCUCCAACACACUCCGUGCUGCUGCCAGCAAACUGGAGCAAGGUAAGAGACAGGUACUGGGUGGUAGCUCAGACUCUCCAGCUGCCAAGAGGCUGAAGAUGGAGCCUGGAAGCACAGCAACUACCACCCAGAGUCCUGCCCCCUCAGGGAAGAGCACACCACAGCCCCCCUCAGGCAAAUCAACACCCAGCUCCAGUGACGUCCAGCUGACCGAAGAGGCAGUACGUCGCUACCUAAUCCGCAAGCCCAUGACCACCAAGGACUUGCUGAAGAAGUUCCAGACCAAGAGGACAGGCCUGAGCAGCGAGCAGACCGUCAACGUCUUGGCUCAGAUCCUAAAACGCCUCAACCCCGAGAGGAAGAACGUCAACGACAAGAUGCACUUCUACCUAACAGAAUGAACUGGGCUGGUGUUGAAAAGGCCCACAUUUCUUUCAAAUAGUGUUGUUGAACAGUACCAUGUCCCUCUUUCAGUGAGUUUCUGUUUGGUGCUCAAUGUAUGGAGGGAGGAAAAUGAAGGAGGAUAAUGGAAAAAGGGUAGAGGUAGGGAAGAAGACAAAGGGGUAAGAGGUAAAGUGUCAUGCAGUGGGGAUUUGACAUGUGUGAAUUACCUUUAGAAUCUGCCUCUAGAAAUGGUGUAAGCAGGCAGGUGUGAUGUCAGUUAAAGCAUUCCAUGUAGAGCUUAACUGCCGACUCACUUCUCACAACAAUGUUAUUUUGUACUUCUUGGCAUAUCUUCCCAGGCCUGUCUUUCUAGGUUUAAGAGUUUAGUGUUUUUGUUCAUUGGUUCAUUUUUCUAAUAAAACCCUGCUGUGUUGGCCUGAA